AUGAGUGUUAAAGGGCUUUCGCAUAUUCAUCACAAAGGACUCGUCCACUGUGACCUCAAGCCGGAGAACAUUCUUGUGUUUCCUUCAUUGGAUAAAGAGAUUGCAAACUAUCAAUUGAAGAUCAUGGAUUUUGAAUUAUCGAAGACCAAAGAGGAGGAAGCAGAUGUUGAGUUGUGGAAGUCCAAGCCUAGAGGUACGCUGUCAUACUUGUCGCCAGAAGCGUUUUUCGGUCAUAUUGAUGCUCCGAUGGAUAUAUGGGCACUUGGUUGCAUAGUGAUUGAAAUGCUCACUGGAUUGCCUGCCUGGGGUGAGAGUGUUUUGCAUGAGGAGUAUUUGGGGUACUUGGUUGAGCAUUUUGGAGAAUCACCCAAGAAGCCGCAAGGAAUCGAUUUUUUCUGUUAUGAUUUUCUGGAAAAUUGCUUUAUGAAGGAUCCUAGCAAGAGGUGGACUGCUGACAUGCUUUUUGGGCCUGAUGGCUAUGCCAUAGGGUUUCUUGGGUCAGGCCGUCUUCUUCUCCUUGAAGGCUUUGCCAAAAAGGAGUUGGAUUCGGGCGGUAUUAGGAAAUAA